CAACAACCUCACACCCACCACACCUCAAAGGCCACGCAAUCUACCACGCCAAUUCGAAAACUCAGCCACGCACGCCCCCAACCGCCACAAUGUCCAAGCUCCUCAAGCAACCCGUCAAGCUCGCCCUCGUGCAACUCGCCACCAGCGCCUCGAAAGCCGACAACCUGGCGCGGGCGCGCAGCAAAGUGCUCGAAGCAGCAUCACGGGGCGCGAAGAUCGUCGUGCUCCCCGAAUGCUUCAACUCGCCCUACGGGACGAAGCACUUCCCACAGUACGCCGAAGCGCUGCUCCCUUCGCCGCCCCCGGCCGACAGCGCACCCAGCUGGCACGCGCUCGCAGCAAUGGCCAAAGAAGCCCAGGCGUACGUCGUCGGCGGCAGCAUUCCGGAGCGCGACGCCGCGACGGGGAAGCUGUACAACACGUCGCUGACGUUCAGCCCGGCGGGCGCGCUGCUGGGCACGCACCGCAAGGUGCAUCUGUUCGACAUCGACAUCCCGGGGAAGAUCAAGUUCCGCGAGUCCGACGCCCUGGACCCCGGGAACAAGGUCACGCUCGUCGAGCUCCCCGAGUACGGCACGCUCGCCGUCGCCAUCUGCUACGAUGUCCGCUUCCCGGAGCUCGCGAUGAUCGCGGCCCGCAAGGGCGCGUUUGCCCUCCUCUAUCCUGGCGCGUUUAACCUUACCACGGGCGCGCUGCAUUGGUCCCUGCAGGCGCGUGCGCGUGCGAUGGAUAAUCAGGUCUACGUCGCGCUGUGUAGCCCCGCGCGCGAUAUGGAGGCCGAGUAUAAUGCGUGGGGCCAUAGCAUGGUAGUGGAUCCGAAUGCGGAGGUGCUGGGCGAGCUGGAUGAGAAGGAGGGGAUUCUGGUGGCCGAGUUGACGGGUGAGCGCAUCGAGGAGGUCAGGAAGGGCAUCCCGAUCUAUACGCAGCGGAGGUUCGAUGUUUACCCCGAUGUUAGCAAGGGUGAUGUCAGGUUUGAGGAGUAGGUGGCCUGCCGAGGGGUUGCGCUUACGAUAUUAUAAUUGCCUUUGGGGGCAUUUUUUGAGCGAGUGGCUUGCUUCCAGCGGCUUAGAUCAGUAGUACCCAUUCUUUGCAUCACGGCUUCACGAUCAAUCUCAGAUUUUA